AUGCCUGAAAAAGGUUUGAGCGCGCAGAUCAAGUCCAGACCCGGCACGGUGUACCAACUUUAUCUCGUGCAGCGUCGUUUUGUCUCCAGUAACCUGCAAAUGGCCGCUUCAAUGGAAGAGCGACAUGAUGAUCUUCUAAUGCAAAGGAUGCCAUCUGAAGAAGAUGAACAGGAUUUCGAAGAGGUGGACGAGCUGAUUGACCCAAAGUCACCCGAGGAACUAGAUAUCCUCGGUUUAUUACUCCUAACAUGUCCUAGCCUCGGACUCCAAGUUUACUGGUUUUUACUCCAGUCCAGCGGCACGCCCUACCUACGCUCGCUUGGUUUGGAUGGCGCCAGCAUCUCGAUCAUCUGGGCGCUGGGGCCCAUAUUCGGCGCCUUUGUGCAGCCCAUUCUCGGCAGUCUGAGCGACGAGAUCCACCACCCGCUGUGCCGCCGCAAGCCGUUUAUGAUGGGCGGCUCGCUGCUCGUCAUGCUGUCGACCCUCGCCAUGGCCUGCGCCCAAGAGCUCACCCCCGACCCGCUCGCCACCCCGUGGCAGCCGCGCGCCCUGGCCGUGGUCUGCCUGGUCGUCAUCCUGCUGGCCCUCAGCGCAUACUCGGUCGGCGUGCGGGCGAUCGUCGUGGACAACUGCCCGCCGAGCCAGCAGUUUGCCGCCGCGGCCUGGUCGAUGCGGUGGAACGUGCUGGGCUCGGCAACGCUCUCGACCGUGGGCUUCGUCGCCGUCGGUCGUCAUCCCGACACCGACCCUGCGGUGACGUUCCGCACCCUCGCAUGCGUCGCUGCCGUGUGCUCCGCCGCCACGGUUGGCCUGGUCUGCUGGUUCGCCCCGCGCGAAGCCACGCCGCGUUUCCGCUCCCCGGGGUCGUUUGGGUUGAGAAAGGUUCUGAGCCUGUGUGCACCGGGCGCGCUGGUGCGGCGGUGGCGUCGCUUGCCGCCGCUGACGAAUAAAGUGUGCAACAUACAGCUUUUGGGGUGGUGUGGCUGGUUCCCUAUGCUUUAUUACAUGUCUAGCUACGCUUAUGAAACCGCAAUGUUGGAAAUCUCUUCUGUCCAGGCCACACAGCGCGGGCUGGCCACCAAGUCCGUAGAGACGCAGGCGAAAUCCUACCCGCUCUACGCAUCCCUCUUCUUCUCCUUUGGCACCCUCUCGUCGACCCUCGUCCUGACCCUCGUCAACGCCAGCUCGUGUCCCAAAAUCACCCUGCCGCGCAUCUGGUUCCUCUCCCAGGUCCUCGCCACCGCCUCCCUCCUGCUCACCUUCCUCCUGUGUUCCACGCACGCCUCCCUGGCCCUUAUUUGCUUUAUGGGCGCCACCUGGACCGUGACCAUGUGGGUGCCGUUUGCGCUCAUCAACGCCGAGCUCGCCGAGCUGCGCACCGGCGUCGCCGGCGUGCAGGGCCUGCACAACAUGGCCGUCUCGCUCCCGCAGAUCGCCAGCGCGCUGGUCUGCGCCGCCGUGCUGGGCGCGCUGCGCCUCGCCGGCGUGGACGGUGGCGCCGUGUGGCUGCUCAGGCUGGCCGCCGUGCCGGUGGCGUGGUCCGCGUGGCUGAUUUGGCGGCUGGAUGCACACACACAACUCAGUUUUGUGUUUGCUGGCCGCCAAAAGGGCGUGGCCCAGCCCAGUCUAGUUUUCUUUUGGCAAAAAAAGUUGCUCUGCGUGCCCGACCAGCCCCCCUGA